UAGUAGUAGUAGGCAGUCUUCGGACAGUCAGUGUCCAUGACAUCAGCGCGAUGAACGUUGGCAUUUCUUUCCAUGACUAAAAAGCCCAAUGCGCGAAGCACAUGUGCGACCACAUGAACGACAAACGAGGACAGACGCCGGAGAUGGGUUUGAUCCAGUUCGAAUUUCGGAUGCCUUUCUCCUCUGCCUUCUCUCUUCGGCCUCUCUUUUCAGCUCUAACUCCCCUGAGUUGAGUGCGGCAGCACAUUCAGACCUCCAUCUGCUGCGAUCCUCGCUAGUAGUUCUUGCUUAGUAAUAAUAAAAGAAUCCAGGCUUCCCGUGAGGAACUCAAGAUCACGUGUGCUAGGCUAGGCAUGUUGCUGCUCGUGAGUGGUGAUAGACGGCUGCGCAGGAGACUAGAGAGGUGACCACGCCAGCACACUCCUAAAUUUCCGCUAGGUUUGUCUUGAUCUGAAAAUGGAACGGAAGUCGGUGAUCCCUCAUAUAUAGUUUGUAUAGAGUCUACUUCCCUAGUCAGCGUUCUUACAGCAUUGGGUAAAAAAAGAUCUCAAAAAAACCUUUGGAUAGAAUAUAGUAUAGUAUUGCAUACGAUAUCUAUCUGUAAUAUUCUCUAUUCAGCACGUGCAUUUAAAAUGCAAGAAAACGUUGGAGCGACUAAUGCCAGUGUGUUCGGCUAAAAAAACAGCACUCAGCACUCCAAUAAAGAAAACAGAGUCAUCUAAAGUCCUUAGUAUAAACCCUCUUGGAAAAGGCAAGAAACCUGACGAGCCCUCUAAAGUCCACCUCAGAGGUAGUCCAUCUUCAUCCCCUUCUAGUUGGGACGACCUUGUACCUGUUCUUGAAUACAAGGAAGUCAAAGAGAAGAGCGAGUUGAAUGCCCUUAGCAACCCUGGAAAGGGAAAAUCAACAGAUCCCUCUAAAGUCCAUGACAGAGAUCCAUCACCCUCCUCCAGUGAUAAAUAUAAUCAACCCCACAGCACUCCAAUAAAGGUAACAGAGUCCUCUAAAGGUGAAUAUGAUUUACAACAAUUUAUGAUGACAACACAAUUUGAGUCUUAAUCAUCUAUUGAGUACUAGUAGUUCCUCUUAUAAUGAAA